AUGAAUAAUAAUAAUGUUAACUUUAAUAAUAAUAUAAGAUUAUCACCACACAAGAUAUGUUUAUGUGCAUUGAUUGAUCAUUAUCUAAAUGCACAACUUCACCCUUUUCAAAAGAAAUCAUUGUCAAUCUUACUUUUAAAAUAUAUUAAAAAUCCAGAUAGUUAUAAUGAACCGACAUUAUAUGAUAUCAUUUUAGAGCUUAAAAAGAUAAGAAUAUCAAAUGUAUUCUUAACACAAGAGUUAAUUGAAUAUAUUACAUUUGAAACAAUAGAUGAUUUACAACAAUUCUUUAGUUCAAUAAAGAUAUUCUUUGAAAAAGAGAGACAGGUUGAUGAAAAUGAUGAAGAUGAAGAUGAUGAAGAGGAACAACAACAACAGCAAAAGGAGUAUUUAGAUGGAAAGAGUGUACUUGGUCUAUUUGUUAAAAAGGUGUUAUUGAUAUUCAAUCAAUCUUUAUUCGAUGGUUUAAUCUCACUUUACAAUCAAAUGCGUGAUUAUAUCAAUCAAUAUCAUUAUGAUCUAGAUAAUAAUAGAAACAACAAACAAAUACAAAAUAAUAAUAAUAAUCAAACAAAUAAUAACAAUAAUAAUAAUGGUAAAAAGAUAUCAUUUCUAUCACCUAUGGAACAAGAGAGAUUUGUUUAUGAAGAAAUAUCAAAGAUUAACAAUUCAAUUGGUAAAGUAAAUCCAUUAGAUAUUAAAGAACAUAUCGAUAUUAUAAAGUCGGUUUUACCAAACGUUAACAAGUCAAGAUAUAUUGAUCAAAGUCAUAUGGAUUAUGAACAGUCGGUGGAAGAGUUGCAUCGUUACUUUGACUAUUGUAAUGGCGAUGGAGCGAAACGACAACUCCUGUCUGGCACUGGCACUAAACAUGCUCUCCAAAUUCCAACAUCGAUCGGUCAUUAUAUCGAUGGACAACAUCGACCAUUUCCAACCGCACAGCCAACAGGACAUCCUAGACAAAGGAAUACACCGUGCUGCCGAACUAGACAUGUCGUCGCUAUCAUCCAUCAAUCUACUAUCGAAAACAAAGCUAAACAUGAAUCCAACAGUAAUAUAAUAAAUAGAAGUAAUAAUAAUAAUACAUCUAUUAAUAACAAUAAUAGUAACAUUACUAAUAAUAAUAAUAAUAAGUUAACAAUUAAUAAUAAUAAUAGUAAUUCUACAAACAAUAACAAUAAUAAUAAUUCUAAAUAUUAUAAUGAUAUCUUUUCAUUAUUGGAGAGUUCACAACGUAUCAAUCGUAGUAACAAUCUGUCGAUUCUACAGAUGAAAUCUACAGUCUGGGAAAUCUUUGGUAAUUUGGAGUUAUCAACCUAUUUCAAUGAACUAUCAUUCCGGUUCAACAACAACAACUCACAACUCAAUGAAUUCAUACAUUAUCAAUCAAACACAAACUCUUCAAAGGAUACAAUCAUUACCUAUUGUAAAUUAGCUUUAACACAUUGUAAAAAAGGUGAUUUUGAAUCGGCACAAAAUAUCAUUGGCUAUUGUAUGAAUGAAUAUCCAUAUCAUAAUCAUAUAAAGUCAAUUCUUUUGUACACUAGUUUGUGUAUAAUGUUUGAGGUGGCGUUGGCAGAGAGUAAUUUGGAUCGUGCUCAUUUGGUGUUGGAGUCGCUACUGCCGCUGUUGAAUCGUUUGUCGCCAGACGACUCGGAACAAGCUGGCUGGUCACAGAUUUUCGCGACCUACACUCAGGUCGGUCGUUACUUUAUCAAAUCACGACAGUUUGAUGUCGCUCACCAAUUCCUGAACGAUGCAAUCCGUUUGGCAAGAGACAACGGCUACGAGUCACUGACUACCGAGUUUCAUGUACUGCUGGCGCAACUCUUCCAGGAGUGUGGCGGUGUACUCUCCAUGCAGUCGGGAAUGAGCAAUAUGUUGUGCGCACUGUCGCUAUCCGACCACUAUAACCAGCCGACACUCUCUGCCGAGUCGAAUCUACUGCUGAUCAAGACACACCUGGAAUCCGGUGAUUUCGAGCGUGCUUACUCGCUGCUGGAAAUCACACUGCCAAUGGUUCUACAGGAUUGCCAGCUGCAAGCAAAACUCUAUCUACUCUAUGCCAAGACUAUAUUCCGUGAGAGUCAAUUCAACAAAUCCGUCAACAAAAAACUUGGAAUCGAAUACCUGGAGAAAGCACAAGCCUGUGCAAAACAAUUGUCAAACAAAGAAAUGUUGAAAGAGAUAUCAAGUUAUCUUAUAAAUACAAUGACAAAAUAA